GCAUUCUAUGUCAGCUAAAUAUUCAUGAGUUUUAUGUGUAAAUUUUUGUAUGAUCAGAAAACCGUUUUUUAGCAAAAUUCAUUAGUUGUAAUGAAACCACAACCGCAACCACCACCGCGACCACCACGUAAAGAAAAAAGGAUUCGUCGUGAUACGAAUCGUGGACAUUGGAAAUCGAAAACUGAAUUUGUGCUCUCGCUGAUUGGCUAUGCGAUUGGCAUUGGCAAUGUUUGGCGGUUUCCCUAUCUCUGCUAUCGCAGUGGAGGCGGCGCAUUCCUGGUGCCCUACAUGCUGAUGGUCAUUCUAUGCGGCAUUCCCCUCUUCUACAUGGAGGUGCUAAUUGGCCAAUUCUCGGGCACCGGCUGCACGGGCAUGUUCCGUCUGGUGCCCAUCCUCAAGGGCACCGGCUACUGCAUGGUUGUGGUGAAUGCCUACUGUGUGUGCUACUAUUCCGUCAUCAUCUCGUAUCCCAUACGCAUGCUCUACUAUUGCUUUUGGAAGACUGUGCCCUGGUCGACUUGCGAUCAUCACUGGAACACGCCCAACUGCACGGCCAUUGAGGAUCUGCAUGAUCACGUGGGAGAAACCCUGAAGACGUCUUCGGAUGAGUUUUUUCAUCUUGAAGUGCUUCGUAUCUCGAGCAGCAUCGCAGAAUUAGGGACCAUGGUGUGGGGGCAACUGCUCAGCUUAUUCAUCACCUGGCUCAUCAUCUAUCUCUGCGUGGUGCGGGGUAUCAAAUCGGUUGGUAAAGUUGUCUAUUUUAGUGCUCCGUUUCCGUAUGUGCUCUUGACCAUACUCUUCAUACGUGGCGUCACUUUGCCUGGAGCUGCCAGUGGCAUCAAGUUCUUCAUAUAUCCACAGUGGGAUCGUCUCUACGAUCUGAAGGUGUGGUCCGAUGCGGCCAUACAGAUGUUCUUCGGACUUGGACCCGGUUGGGGCGGCAUUGUCAACAUGGCCAGUUUCAAUAACUUUCGCAAUAGUGCGAAAUUUGAUUCGUUUCUCGUCGUAUCGGUGAAUGUAUUCACAAGUAUUUAUGCCGGCUUUGUGGUCUUCUCUGUUCUCGGCUUUCUCUCAGAGCAAUCUGGCAUUCCGGUGGCAACAGUUGCCACCUCGGGCGCUGGACUUGCCUUUGUCACGUAUCCGCAGGCCAUCUCCAUGCUGCCCUUGCCCCAACUUUGGGGUGUUUUAUUCUUCGUCAUGCUCUUUAUACUGGGCAUUGACAGUGUGUUUGUCCAGCUGGAGGCCAUCACCACCUCGAUACUGGAUGAGGUGGAAGCGUUUCGAAACCACAAAUGGAAGGUGACUAUUAUUCUAUGUAUAUUUUUCUUCAGCAUGUCGUCCAUUAUGUGUACCAAUGCUGGUAUGUUUAUUUUGCAGCUGUUCGACUGGUAUUCCUCAGCUCUGGCCAUCAUUGUUGUGUGCCUGGUGGAGGUCAUUAUGGUAGCCUUUAUCUAUGGCAUCGAUAAUUUCAUGACCGAUGUCGAGUUCAUGCUGGGCAAGCGUCCUGGGCUCUUCUGGAAAAUAGCCUGGAAGUACAUAACGCCCAUAGUUUUAACCUUUGUACUUUUCACGAGCAUUAUUUUUUUACGCAAAAUCACGUAUAAUGGCAUCGAGUAUCCCACCUGGGCAAUUGCAAUUGGCUGGCUGAGUUUUGUAUCCUCGAUUAUAUUGAUUCCCCUAUAUGUUGUCUACAUUAUGAUUAUCAAGCGGGAUACUCUGAAAGACAGCCUCAAGAAGCGACUGAAGCCCCUCGAUUGGACCCCGGCAGAUCCAGAUGAUCGGGCCGAGUACGAUGAUUUCAGACGACAACGCAGAAUGCCAGCAUUCAUGUCAGACACUGAAGCAUAGACCAAAUGAUUCCUUUAAUCUAGCUUUGUUUGUAAAUUUUAGUAUUGAUACGAGUAUAAUGUCAUUUUAUACAGAAAGUAAAGCAAAUGCAAUUUGCUGUGUAUGUACAUAGAAAUUAAUUAACCUCCUCCUCGGUUACUUCAUACAGUUGAUGUGUUAGAUCAGAGUUUCCCAACGUUUCCUCGUAUUGUUGGCGAUUUUCCAUUUCCACCGGAUACCAAUCGGUUGGGCGACAAGCGCGUCUAAGGCGAUUACAAAAUGUUCCAGUAUUCUCAUACGUAAUAUAGACGCCAUAGCCCGGUAUGAAUAAUAUUGGCAGAAUGACCAGAAUAAAGCUGAUGAACAUGAGUGGUGUUGAUUGGUAAAUAUGCUCCAUGAUUGCCAUCCACAAUCCCACGAGCUGCAAUCGAUAAAAUUCUUAUUAUUAACUCGGCAAUGAAUCGAAAUUUGUAUCGUCUUCGAACCAAGGAAUAGAGCAGAAAGAGCGGAGCAAUAAAUCGCAAUAUGAAGAUCUUCCAUGAGGCAAAAGGUUGGCCCAGCAUAAACUCAAUGUCUCGCUGAAAUCGCUCUCGACCAUAUAUCCAAAGCACCGCGAGUAUCAACAUAAAGUGCAUAACGCUGUAAGUGAUUAACGAGUCAACGGAUACUGCCGAAAAGGCCAAAAAACCG